UUAACAACUCUCCUCCCAAUUAAUCCUUUCUCUUCCCUCAUCUUCUUUUCCCCCUCCCCCCCUCCCACCUCAAUUCGCUCAACUUUUCUCAAUCCUCCUUUCGUUCCCCCUAUCGAACUCAAUCGGACCUUCUUCUCCCUUUGCCGACCGUAUCUAUCCCUCCACGUUCACGUCCUGUCGCCUCGUUCCUCUCUUCAUCACCAUCACCACUACCUCGCCUCUAUUCCGCUUCGCUCUCUUACUUCGGAUUAUUAGGUCCACCUUGCUGUUCGCCCACGCUCUUUGUUCGUUCACGAUAUUCUUAUUCCCUAGAAGAGAGCACCCAACCUACCGAUUUCAAAUCAAGCGUGGUCGAGCACCAGCUUUCGCGCGCAUCUGCUGGUGUAUUUGACCACGGGUCUACCUGUCCGCCACGGCCCCCGAAGAUGACGAGCAGAACCCCCAGAAAUCGAGUGCUACCGCUAUGACUUCCCUGGAUGCCGGACAAAACGGUCUUGCUGCCAAGGUGAACCACCAGUCUACCUCGGGUCCGCUAUCUCCCAAGAGAGCCCUCUCACCCGUGCCUCGGAGGGAGUAUCGUCCGAUCAAAGAGGUAGACCCUGCUGUCGGGGACAAAACCAUUAUCCAAUCGGGCCGUGAAUCAUUAUCGCCUGAAAAGAGACGGAAGUACAUAAAACAUGAACCGAAACGACAGAGCGAUCUCCCUCCCAACGAUUUGCAAGUGAGAAAGAGAAAGUUGGUGGAUGGCGACUUUAUCAACGAACGCGACCGUCAUGUGCGCCCGGCGAGUCCUCUCCGUCGGACGGGGUCACCACCCCAUGUGAAAGUCGAAAAGACCGAUGAGCCCCAAUCUGUUUCGAGUCGACUUGAAUCAUCGCACCCUGCAUCUUUUGUUCCUAGGACGUCGAGAAAACGCAGCUUUAGUGAAAGUGUCGACGGGGAGGGAGAUGUCCGUCGAAACGCUCGCCCGCACCACCCAGCUCCUUCCCGGGAUCGAGAACGACGAGAGCUGAAUGGUGUGAUGUUGCCCCGCCCCGCGUCAAUCGACCGUUCCAUAUCACCUCUGGGUAGCGAUUUGCAGCGGAAGCGGAAAGCUCCUACCCCGCUUCUUCCUGGCUCGGUGUCUUCCUCAACUAGCGGAUCUCCUAUGCCCAGUGCCCACAUUCGAAAGGUGGCCUCUGUCGAUGGGGCAUCUGCUUCCCCUGCCAGACCCACGGGUCACAAAAAGCAACGCGAUCAGAACGGACGCACUCGCCUCGCUCGUGCAUGUGCUGCACAGGAACUUGAGGCGGCAAUCGCUCGACAUGCAGAACGACCGGAGGACCUCAAUGUCGCCGACAAUGCUGGUAACACGCCACUUCAAAUCGCCGCCUUGGAAGGCUGCGCGUCCAUCGUGAAGUUCCUCCUCGAAGCCGGAUGUGAAGUCGAGACUCGAAAUAUCGAUCGUGAUACUCCGUUGAUAGACGCCGUUGAAAAUGGCCAUCUCGAUGUCGUCAAGUUGUUGCUCCAGGCUGGUGCAAAUCCGCGUUCCGUCAAUGCUGAAGGCGAUGAGCCAAGCGAUCUCAUUCCGUCGGACUCGGAAGAUUACGAUGAGAUUCGUCGUGUGUUGGAGGAAGCAAAAGCGCAUCCACGCCCCAGCCGUCGCUCUGAGGAACAGACUGGAUCUGGCACCAGGGAGACGUCUUCGCGGCGAGUGACGGUGGCUAGCCCUCGAGAAUCACCCCCGGUUAACGGACAACGCAGCCCGCCCUACUUUGCCAGUACGAACAAACGCAAGAGCGUCAGAAGCGAGGCUACCCGGAAUGAUCUGCUAUGGACCAAAGCUACGCCAGAGAAUUUACAAGCCUUCGCCGCCAAGGGUGAUAUUGCUGGUGUUGCAAACAUUCUCAAUGUCGGCCAACGGGCAGAUGCUGAGUCGAUGAUCGCAGCGGCCAAGGGUGGUCACGAUGAAGUCUUGUCUCUUCUGCUGGGAAUGGGAGAUGCCGAUCCGGACCCGGAUCCAGUCCAGGGCGGCUCCCACAAGUUUGGAUACAACACGCCUAUGCUGGCUGCGAUCGGGAGAGGCAAUCUUCCCGUGAUCAAACUUCUGCUGGACCAACCCAGCUUCAACCCCUCGCGACGACUAUAUAAGGAUCGCACCUAUUUUGAGUUAUCUCGAGAACGCAGAGCGGACAACUGGGAGGAAGAAUAUGAUCUUCUUCGCGACGCCUAUGACAACUAUGUACGGAACAGGAAACAGCGUAAAAGCGACAUCUCAUCUCCGAGGAGGGUACGUGACAAGGACCGAGAGUCCAAGCGAUCUGGACGGAAAGACUCUCCCUCCCCAGGGGGCAAGCAUCGGAAACAGCUUGGAAGCCCAGUUCGUCGGGACUCAUCCAAAGAUGCACCCAUGAAAGAGCGCAAACGAGAAGCGAUGAUGCAUACGAAAGAGAAGCCUGGCCCUCCUCGUGCCAAGGUGGGACACGUUGCCACGCCUGAUCACGACGUUUCUCGUUCCGAUAUACCCAGGUCGAAGGUAGUGUUGACCAAGGAUGGAGACUCUAGCCGGGGCGAAGAGCCUCCCAAGAGAAGACGCUUGAUCGCAGGACGGCCACCUGAUCGCGAUCGCAGGAGGCCUAGCAUUCCUUCUUCAGAUUCCAUGUCCGGCCGUGAGGAAGCUCCUAAAUCACGCCCUGAUCAUUCAGAACUCGUCACGACCAAGCCUGGACCGCCUCCCGUGAAGCGUGGACGCAGCAGCGUCAGUCCCGAGCGACCUAGGUCUCGCGGUUCCGACGCUGAUCGGAACCCUCGCGAAGUCUUAAAGAAGAAGCGACGAGUACUGUCGGAAGAUGGAUCGCCCAACAUCACCAACGGAAACCCCAAGAGGAGUCACCCUGCUGUGGAGGAUCUGAAGCUUCCUCGUCGCAAAGAUGAUAGCCAUAUUGCACCUCAACCUCGGCGAGAUCAAUCGCGGGAACGAGAUCUCUCCGCCAAGGCUGUCGAAAGAAAGCAGGUAAAGGAGGAGCAAGAGAAGCCUGACAAUCUUGAACUCGAGGAUAUCCCAAUGGAUGACUCGAUCAGUCUUGCUCAGGCUGAGGCUGAAGCGGCUGCGCUCCGGGAAAAGCACGCUCAGGAGAAACAAGCUCAAGAGAAGCAAGCCCGAGAGAAGCAAACUCUAGAGAGGCAAGCUCAAGAGAAGCUAGCUCAAGAGAAGCUAGCUCAGGAUAAACUAGCUCAAGAGAAACUAGCUCAAGAGAAACUAGCUCAAGAGAAACUAGCUCAAGAGAAACUAGCUCAAGAGAAACUAGCUCAAGAGAAGCAAGCACAGCGAGAGAGGCAAGCUCGCGAAGAGGAAGAAGCACGCCUUGCUGCUGAAGCGGAAAAAGCCCGCCUGGAGAGAGAAGAGCAGGAACGCGCAGCGCGGGAGGCCCGCAUUGCCCAAGAGAAAGCCGCGGAAAAGGCUGCAGAGGAAGAGCGGAAGCGGAAAGAGGCAGAGCAGCGGCGAAUAAAACAGGCUGAAGAAGAGCGACAGAAGCGGCUUGAACAGGAACGACAGCGACUCGCCAAACUGCGCAAAGAGCAGGAAGAACAAGAACAGCGUCGACGAGACGCUCUACCCAGCCGACUUCGAGUUGCAGCCAACCUUGUUGGAUCCGAUGAUCCGCAAGCUAAGAGCCAUGCAUGGCUGCGGAAGUUCAUGCCUGUUGUGACCGCUGAGACAAGACAACUCGACCCGUCUUGCGCCUCGGAAGUGGCAGAGGAUCGAUGGAUUCCGAACUACCUGGUUGCACCCUUGCUGGCGACGAACGAUCUUCAACUAUCGCAAUAUGCCAGUUGGGAGAAGCGCGUCGCAACUCCUACCCAGCGGACGAAUCUGUGGCGAGUCACGCGAAGGAUGCUUGUUGAAGCAGACGAGACCGAAUUUCUCAGUUCGUCAUUCGGACAGAUCAUGCAACGGGAUAGCGAAGCACGGCCUAAGUACUUCGACAUGGAGCAUGUAUUUUGGCUGAAGCUCUCCGAUUUCAUGGAUCUCGUCCCCCACAUUCCGCACCUUCACGGGCUUGACAUUCAGUUGCUCAAGAUGCACAUUGAUCAAGAGCCUAAGACGCAACCUGCUUUCGAAUUGCCGCAGGCCAAUGGACAUAUCUCGGGGCCACAUAUUGAGGAAGGCCCCGGGUUACUAGGAGGAAAUGGGUUGACUAAUGGCUAUGGGCACAGCCGGCCUAGUACAUACGUCUAAUUGUUCUUUCAGCUUCAGCGAUCAUUUAGCUUGGCGCUAGCUUGUACAGGUGAAAACUUGAUGUACGACUAUGAUACCUGAUGUGUUAUGCUUGGAUAGCGUGAUAUCAUGAUAUCCCGAGAUUCUUU